AGAGAGCAUCUUGGAUCCGCCACGCUGGAGUUGGAGCUCGAGUUCCGUGCGGCCGGAGGGCAGCGGCUCCUCCCGGCCGGCCCCGGGGCAGAGAAUGAGCCCGAAGCCUUGGCGUCUCGGCGGAAAGGCGGUGCCCAGAACGUGCUGCGCUGGUUCACCACCGUGGUGCUGUGUGCCGCCUUCCUGGGGCUGGGACUGAGUGUUGCUAUCCUGGGACCCACCUUUCCAGAUUUGGCAAGGAAUGUGAACCGAAACAUCAGCAGUCUCUCUUUCAUUUUUGUGGGCCGUGCCUCAGGAUAUUUGUGUGGCUCUAUGAUCGGAGGAGUUCUUUUUGAGUGUAUAAAUCAUUUUUUACUUUUGGGGGUGUCACUUUCUGCUACCACAGUGGGUCUUUAUCUUACUCCAUUCUGCAGGACAGCGGUCUUACUGGUUGUCAUGAUGUCUGUCUUUGGUAUUUCAAUGGGCAUUCUGGAUACAGGUGGGAACGUCCUCAUCUUGGCUCUUUGGGGUGACAAAGGAGCUCCCCACAUGCAGGCCUUGCACUUCAGUUUCGCCUUGGGUGCCUUCCUGGCUCCUCUGCUGGCUAAACUGGCCUGGGGGACGACAGCAUCCGCUCAGAACCACACAGAGACAGACUUGGUCCCUCUGAUGCUGAACCGAUCCUCUGGAGCCACCUCAGACUCUCUGUUUGCAGCGCCUGAGGACGUGAACCUGCUGUGGGCAUACGCUUCCAUCGGCACCUAUGUCUUAGUAGUCUCUGUCUUUCUGUUUGGUCUGUUUUGUAAGAAACACUCAAAGCAGGAAAAAUCCACAGCAUCUGCUCAGGAAGCUCGAAGAGCUAAAUAUCACUGGGCCCUGCUCUGUCUCCUCUUCCUCUUCUUCUUCUUCUACGUUGGAGCUGAGGUGACCUACGGCUCUUAUGUUUUCUCAUUUGCCACCACCCAUGUUGGCAUGAAAGAAAGUGAAGCAGCCGGCUUGAACUCCGUCUUCUGGGGGACCUUUGCAGCCUGCAGGGGCCUGGCCAUCUUUUUUGCGACAUUCCUACAGCCUGGAACCAUGAUCGUAUUGAGUAACAUUGGCAGUCUGACCUCAUCUUUCUUCCUGGUCCUUUUUGACAAGAGCCCUCUUUGUCUCUGGAUCGCAACUUCUGUGUACGGAGCCUCGAUGGCAGCCACAUUUCCCAGUGGAGUUUCCUGGAUCGAGCAGUACACCACCUUAACUGGGAAAUCUGCAGCAUUCUUUGUAAUCGGUGCCGCCCUGGGAGAAAUGGCGAUACCUGGAGUCAUCGGAAUUCUUCAGGGACACUACCCCGAUCUGCCUGUUGUUCUGUACACGGGGCUGGGGUCAGCCAUGUUCACUGCGGUUUUGUUUCCUGUGAUGUAUAAAUUAGCCACCUUACCUCUGGGUCACCAGCCAAAAGGAAGAAAGAGUGAGGACCAGAGAGCUUUGCUUUCCAGCUCUGAGCUCAAUGACUGUGAAGAAGAGCAUGAGGAGGAAGAUGCAGAAAAAUGGAACGAAAUGGAUUUUGAAGUGGUUGAAAUGAGUGACCCAGUGCAGGAGUCUGGAAGGGACACAUCUAGAGAAGCCCCGAUGGAGCCCACCCCUGAGGUCUCCAAUCAGUUCCUCUCAAAUGCAUACUUUUCAGUCAAUAGCAGCAACUCUCUCAGGAAUCACCAGGACAAAAGGGACUGACAGUCAGGAGAUGAAUUACUGAAUGACUUCAUUGAGUCAUCAGCC